AUGUUUGUAAAAUUAAUAUUUAAAUUGUUUUUAAUUAUAUUUUUAAUUAGUUUUAUUGAUUGUUCAAAUCAAUUAAUUUAUUCAAUAUCUUCGAAUUUGAAUCCAUCAGUUGGUCAAAUUAUUUAUGUAAUUAAUCCAAUAAAUAAUGAACUAUUAUCCAAUUCAACUACAAUUUUAGAUUGUACAAUUAAUGGAAUUGUCUCAAUUGAUGAAAAUCAAAUGAAUGCAAAAGUAUUAUGUGGAUUUAAAAGCCUAAUUUCAAUUGAUAUAAAAAGUGGUGAAUUUCAAAUACUUGGUACAAGUGAUUCAAUAUUACCAACAUUUACAACAAAAGCUCAACAAUUAUUUUAUAAUAAUAAUAAUAAUAAUAUUUAUAUGUCUGUAUCAACCAAUAAAUAUAAAUCAAUUACAUUUUUUGAUUACAAUUUCAAUACAAACUUUACAACCAUAAAUUCACUCCCAACAUAUGAUUAUAACUAUAUGAUUGACGAUACAUCAAUUUAUUCAUUUGAUUAUAGUUUUAAUAAAAUGUAUAUUUUAUAUUCAAGUGAAAGUAAUCCAAAUAAUUGUAAUUUACUUUCAUUCAAUGUUAAUAAUAUUCAAAAUUCAUUAGAAACAUUUAAAUCAAUUAAUAAUUUAGAGAAUGCAUUUUCACAACUAUUAUUUACAAAUGACCAAGGAGAAUUAUUUUUACUUUAUGGUAACCCUGAAACAGACACUUUUGACAUUUGUCAAUUUUCAUUCCAAGAAAAUAGCAAUGAUUGUGAGAAUGUUUUAUCAAUUCCUGUUACUCAACUAUACCCAAAUUUUAACUACUUAUUAUCUUAUUUAAAUGAUGAAAACCAACAUUUUACUAUUGUUUUAUUAUCUGGUGAUAAUGUAUCUGUUCAAUUUACUACAUACUAUAUUACAAAUUUCACUGUUGCUUACCAGUAUACUUUAAAUAACAUUUGGGAUAAUGGAAAUAAACAACAAACUACUUAUUUUUAUUCUUAA